GAGAAGCAACAGAGGUCAUUGCAUGUGGGGUUUGUUUCCUAUGACAAACGAAAUCUGUAUGGUGUAAGGAAAACAAACAUUAGGUUUUAUCCUGUCAGGAUUUCUGCAUAUUGUAAAGAUUCAUCCAAUCACACCCUGUCAGGAUUUCUAACAUAAUGUUUUCAGAGACCAACUCUUUACAAUAAAAGUCUUGAUAUCUUUCCUAGUGAUGCAAGUUUUCACAGUUUUCCAAGAUAGUUGUAGCAACUCUGAACUACUAAGCACUAACCCCCCACCCCCCCUCAGUUGUUUUGCUCCAAGAACCCGAAUUCUGGUUUGAACUGGUAUUCUUGCAUCUGUUUGGCAUUUGCAAGAGUCCUGUAGAGAUAAGAAAAUGCAGAAGUUUCCAGUACCCGAAGAGUUUGCUCUGAAGCAGACAGCUCCUAAGAUUGCUGGUUCAGGGGUGAUAAUUGGUGGUGAUAAGGUGGUUUGUGCCUAUGACCUCGUUGAGCAGAUGGAGUAUUUCUAUGUCCGGGUUGUGCGAGCGAAGGAACUGCCAGGUAAGGAUGUUACGGGUACCUGUGAUCCUUAUGUCGAAGUCAAGCUUGGUAACUACAAGGGUGUCACAAAGCAUUUCGAGAAGAAGUCCAAUCCGGAAUGGAAUCUUGUAUUUGCUUUUGCACAGGAGCAGCUCCAGGCUUCACACGUUGAGGUGGUGGUGAAGGAUAAGGAUGUCGUCCUGGAUGAUUUCGCUGGCAGAGUUUCAUUUGAUCUUGUCGAUAUUCCUAGACGUGUUCCGCCUGAUAGCCCCCUGGCGCCACAGUGGUACAAGCUGGAAGAUAAGAAAGGUGAAAAGCUCAAGAAGGGGGAGAUCAUGCUUGCUCUCUGGAAAGGAACUCAGGCCGAUGAGGCGUUUUCUGAUGCCUGGCAUUCUGAUGCAGCAGCCGUUGGCAGCGAGGGUGUUUCCAAAAUCCGAGGGAAGGUGUACCUUUCGCCGAGGCUUUGGUAUCUUAGAGUUAAUGUAAUUCAGUGCCAGGACUUGCUUCCUAGCGAUAAAAGUAGACCACCUGAAGUCUGUGUGAAGGUGGUUCUUGGCAAUCAGGCUUUGAAAACGAAAGUUUCUUCAGUGAAAAGCGUGAAUCCCUCCUGGAAUGAGGACUUAGUUUUUGUAGCUGCGGAACCAUUUGAAGAUCCAUUAGUCAUAACUGUGGAGGAUAGAAUAGCGCCAAACAAAGACGAGAUCUUGGGACGAUGUGUGAUGUUAUUGAACUCGGUCUCGAGGCGGCUGGACAACAAGCCUGUACCGGCUAAGUGGCAUAAUCUUGAGAAACAUCCACUUGUGGAGGGACAGAAGAAGGAGGCUAAAUUUUCAAGCAAGAUUCAUCUCAGGAUCAGCUUGGAUGGUGGUUAUCAUGUAUUGGAUGAGUCCACUUAUUAUAGCAGUGACUACAGACCUAGUUCAAAGCUGCUCUGGAAGUCGAGUAUUGGGCUUCUUGAGCUGGGAAUAAUAAGUUCCACGGGGCUGUCACUGAUGAAAUCGAAAGAUGGCCGGGGAACCACUGAUGCCUAUUGUGUGGCAAAGUACGGUCCCAAAUGGGUACGAACGAGGACCAUCAUUGACAGCGUUUCUCCAAAGUGGAACGAGCAGUAUACCUGGGAAGUAUUUGAUCCUUGUACUGUGAUCACAAUUGGGGUGUUUGACAAUGGCCAUCUACAAGGGGGAGUGGACACCAGCAUUGGAAAGGUAAGAAUCAGGCUAUCGACACUUGAAACUGACCGUGUCUACACACACUCGUAUCCUCUAAUUGCACUGAAACCUUCUGGGGUGAAAAAGAUGGGUGAAGUUCAGUUGGCUGUGAGGUUCUCGUGCACAUCAUAUCUCAAUAUGCUGCAGAAGUACACUCAUCCAUUACUGCCCAAAAUGCAUUACGUUCAUCCGUUAUCUGUGAUUCAGCUCGACGUGUUGAGGUAUCAGGCUAUUCAAAUAGUCUCAGCAAGGCUGGGAAGGGCAGAACCGCCGUUAAAGAAAGAGGCAAUAGAAUACAUGCUCGUCGUUGGUUCCCAUAUCUGGAGUGUAAGAAAGGCUAAAGCCAACUUUGUGAGAAUAAUGAACGUGAUGAGUGGGGUGGUUGCCGUUGCAAAAUGGUUUGAUCAGAUAUGCCAGUGGAAGAAUCCCCUCACAACCAUUCUCAUUCACAUUCUCUUUGUGAUACUAAUCCUCUACCCUGAACUGAUUUUCCCCACUCUAUUCCUCUACCUGUUCUUUAUUGGCAUUUGGAACUACAGAUGGAAACCAAGGCACCCUCCCCACAUGGACAUUCGACUCUCACAUGCUGACGCCGUUGGUCCUGAUGAACUAGAUGAAGAAUUUGAUACGUUCCCAACUUCCAAGUCAUCCGACGUUGUGAGGAUGAGAUACGAUCGGCUGAGAAGUAUAGGGGGACGGAUCCAAACCGUGAUCGGUGACCUGGCCAUGCAGGGGGAGAGGUUUCAGUCUCUUUUGAGCUGGAGAGAUCCAAGAGCAUCAGCUUUGUUCAUCGCCUUCUGCCUGUCUGCUGCCUCUGUGCUAUACAUCACGCCAUUUCAAAUCGUGAUACUGUUGAUGGGGUUGUACGUAUUAAGGCAUCCUAAGCUACGGAGCAAGGUUCCGCCCCCAUCGACUAACUUCUUCAAGAGAUUGCCUGCAAGAUCAGAUCUUAUGCUGUAAGAAGUGCAGCUCUAGUGCUGCUCAUGCAUUGUUUACAUAUCGCAGUUGGUUAUUGAUCAGCAUUUGUAGCAAGAAGGUACUAACUUCCACUCAUAACUCCAUGAGUUUAACUAUGGUAUAUGUGCUUCUGGCAAUUCCAUCUUAAGCGUUUAAAUCAAAUAAUGACAUAGAACAAGAGGUGCGGCUGCAUUUUGAGAGCCUUUGAAUCGACAAAAGUCCAAAUCGUGG